CUAACAUGGCGUGCGGAGCUACUUUGAAGCGUUCAAUUGAGUUUGAGGCCCUUCACAGCCCUCAAUCUCCAAAACGGCGAAGGUGCAACCCUCUGCCAGGGACCCCAGUCAACCCCUCGCCAAAGCGGUGUAACCUGCUUUCUGCUACCGGUGACAGUUCGAUGUCUCCCCAAUCAACUUGUGGAGGAGAACAUAGACUUACCCCAGAGCAGAUUGUCCAGAAUCUUAGGCAAGAAUAUAGCCGUUACCAGCGACGGUGCCAACUUGAGGAGGCCUUCAACCAGAGUGAGUCCCAGACUCCAAGUGAUGGCCAAGGACAAAGCUCUGGUUUCAUGGCACCAAGCUCCCCAUCAGGAGUGUCUAUGAAGAGGGACCAGCCCUGCUUCACAUUGCGCCAGGUAGGCUCCCUGUGUGAACGAAUCCUCAAGGACCACGAGGAGACCAUCUGUGAAGAGUAUGAACAGAUCCUGAACACUAAGCUGGCGGAACAAUAUGAAUCGUUUGUGAAGUUCACACAUGACCAGAUCAUGCGACAAUAUAGCGCUAGACCCUCCAGCUAUGUCUCAUGAACUCUUAACAGUAAGCUACCUGC